GCGACUGGGGACACGGGACCUGGUCUGCUCUGAAGUCCUUGUGACGCACACCAGCGAGGCUAUUUAUUCGCUCCAAGGCUGUGUUGAGAGUGCGAGUGUGGCCAGACCCACUUGCUGCAUAGCCGGCUCGGCUCUGGCGGGCUGCUCCAUCUGACGUCCUUCUCGGAGUGUCGGGGUGCUGUCGAGUUGGGCUGGGGGACUCUACAGGUAGUGGGUGCGGGAGCAGCGGCAGGCCUCUUGUUUCACUGCUCCUCUCUCUUCUCGCAGCUCUGCCUGGUCGGAACCCACCGUCUCCAGGAGGCUCGCGUGGGGAACCUACAGAUGUGACAGGCUGGACGCAGGUUUCUUAGUGUCUUUGCAAAAGCUCAGGAUCAGACUUUGUAACUAAGGUGGCUCCCUCCUUUCUGUGUAGUCCAGUGUCUUUCUACUCUGCAGAGAGUCUCAGAGGCUGAAGCUGAGCCUCCAACUGAAGGUGUCUACUUGCUCAGAACAGCAGAGGAGAACCAUGUCCCAGGAGUCACUGACAUUCAAGGAUGUGGCUGUGGGCUUCACACGGGAGGAGUGGCAGCAGCUGGACUCUGCGCAGAGGAGCCUGUACCGGGAUGUGAUGCUGGAGAACUAUAGCCACCUGGUCUCAGUGGGGUGUCUGGUCAGCAAACCUGCUGUGAUCUCCAGGUUGGAGGAGGGGAAAGAGCCAUGGAUGGAGGAGGAGGAGAUGUGCAGAUGGGGCUUUCCAGAUGAAGUUUGGCACGUUGAUACCCAAGUAGAUAGACAACAGGAGCACCAAGACAAAGCUUUGGGGCAAGUUGCAGUUCUAGACAAGAAAAAAAAUGCAGUUCUAGACAAGCCCGAAACAGGGCCCCGUGAGUGUAAUGUACCUGAAAAACAAUCCCAUCAGGACACAAACCUUGUUCUGUCAAGACAACAGGGCCGUACAUGUGACUCAUGUGGAAAGACUUUGAAACAUGACGUGGACUUUACUCCUAAUGCAUACCUUGCAAGAAGGAGAUUUGAGUAUGAUGGACAUGGGAACUUAUUUCUCUAUCCUAAGCUUGAAACUCCACAUUCUGGAGGGGAUCCACGUAAAUGUGACCAGUGUAGAAAAGCUUUAAGCCAUGACAAAGCCCUUAAUGCAGAUCAGGGAACCAAAAGUGGUGAGAAACCCCAUGCAUCUACUAAAUGCGGGAAAGUCUUCUCCCGCAGGUCAGAACUCAUUGUACAUCACAAAGUCCACGGAGGUCAGAAAUCCUAUGGGUGCAGCGGACACGGGAAUGGUUUCAGGGAGAAGGUUUGCCUCAACAAACAGGGAAAUCGCACAAAAGAAAAACCCAAUGGAGACAGCAGUUGUGGUAAAACAGCCUCCCAGAAGACAGGCCUCUCUGUACCUGAGAUGAUCCGUGCUGGAGAGAAGCCUUAUAAGUGUUUGGAAUGUGGGAAAACCUUCUCCCACAAAUCACGUCUCAUUGAACAUCAUCGAUCACAUACGGGAGAGAAGCCGUAUGGCUGCAGAGAAUGUGGGAAGUCUUUCUCCCGGAAGUCAUGCCUCAUUAUACACUAUAGAAUCCACACGGGAGAAAAGCCCUAUGGCUGCAGUGAAUGUGGGAAAGCCUUUUUUCAGAAGUCACACCUCAUUCUCCAUCAGAGGACUCACACAGGAGAGAAGCCCUAUGGGUGCAGUGAAUGUGGGAAAGCUUUCUCCCAGAACUCAUGCCUUAUCAUACACAAGAGAACUCAUAUGGGAAAGAAACCCUACGAAUGCUCCGACUGCGGAAAGACCUUCUCCCAGAAGGCAAAUCUCAUUCGGCAUCAUAGAAUUCACUCUAGGGAGAAACUGGAUGAAUGAGAGCAAAAGUUACAUCAAGAAGUCACAACCUAUCUAGAGACAGAAACCUGUGGAUGUGGAAAAGCCCUCAGCAAGAAAUCCAAUGCCACUGUGUACAGAGAUCCAUACUGAGGUGAGAUUCUGCCAACCUGGUGAAUUAGGAAAAGCUUUGUUCUGUUAAAACCAAUGAUGGAAGGAUACUGAUGGGCUAGAGUGAUGUAUUUUUAUAGGAUAUACUUGAUUAUAAAGGGCAUCUAUGUAAACUGUGGAUAUUGAGCUUUUAAAUAUAGGAAUAAAUUGUAUCAUUAAGAUGUAAUAAGCAUCAGAACAAUCCCAGAGGUAUAUAGGGGUUAUGUUCCUGUGUAUGCUACAUAAAAAUUAUUUAUUUUUGUGUUUCACUGGUGAACUGAACCUAAUUGUGAAUUUUGUAUAUGUGUAUACCGUAUUAUAUAGAAUAAUAUCUAUCAAGACGUUCUACACUAAAUUAUACCAUUCUGUCUUUGUAAUAUAUAUUAUAACUGGAAUGAUAUGAAUUAAUUAUUAAACCUGAAGUCCAUAUACAGUGCCACAUACUAUUUCUACUGUUGAUUCCUGGCAGGUAUUACAGAGCACCUGAAUCUGGAAGCCAACCAUUUCAUAACAUCUUCUGAUAUCUCUCAGUCAACUAGUUUUAAGUUAUAUAUUAAAUGUAUAAGGUUAAUACUCCCUUUUCUGGCAAUAUGGUAAACUGUCUUAAGUGAACCCUUCUGAUAUAAAAAAAAAAAUAAAGGAAAAUAAAAGGCUAACAUUCUUUUAAAUGCAUAAUUCAGCUUGCAAGAAAAUAAGAAGUUUCCAGUUGCCAGCUAUGUAGGGGGAACUGAAAACCAGGAAUAAAGUUUGUGAGGUGAUGCUGUAACUGCACUUUGGGUUUAUUUGUUUACCCAGAAGCUUGGGUGUUAGAGAUGACAGGAACACAAGAGACCAGGCCCUGGGGCCCCAGAAGGCAGGGAGUUGGCUCUGAAGUAGCUCAUCAAUUCAGAACUUUUGGAAGUCUGUACAUACAGGGGAAGGGUAGACCAGAGACAGAAAGCUUGUCUGUCUCUCUUUGGGCUCUGGGUAGGGUAAGAAUUUACCUUAAUGAAUCAGAAGCAUUGACCUGCAUCUCAUACAAGUUAGGAUUUUGAAUUUGCUGUAUUCAUGUCCUGAGAAAUUGAACAAUUAACAAAUGUGUCGUGGUCUUUGAAACAACUUGCAGAAGCAAACACAAAAUGUUUUUGGAGGAGGACAUCCUCAACUCAUGCUUCUCAGGAUUCUGACACACAAACUCCAGCUGAGUUCAUUUCAUGUGUGGGCAGGGGCCAUAUAGGAAAUCUCUGUACCUUCUUCUCUGUUGUGCUGUGAACCUAAAA